CGCAGUGCUCAGAUUAUAUUAUGAAUUUGUUCAGCGUGCUAGCUGAGGAAGCUAAUGUGUUUGUGUUUCUCUCUCAGGCAGCUUUAGCUCACAAUAGUGCCAAAAGUGUGACAUUCAGCAGAAAUUUGGUGACAAACAAAAGCCAUGCUAGCUAACUGUAGAGCGACAGAAUGGUUAUUAGUUCCCUAUAACGCUUCAGAAUAAAGUUAGGCAGCGAGUUAGCUAGUAAAACUUAGUUUUCUGAUAAACUACAUGUCUAGUUAAAUAUCUGAUAUCAGCAGCCUGCUAGUCACGUGAACCAGCUGGCUGUCUGGCCAGCCUGAUCAUGCCUGUGGAUCAGAAGCAUUCAGGGAUCUGACUGACCCAACACCAAGAUUACAACUGAGCUCAAAAUGCAGGAAAGCUUGAGAAGACCUUUAUCAAGAGAUCGACAGAGCCAGUCCUCUACUGAGAACUGGUUUGAGAGAAGACAGCGGUCAUCAGUAACAGACAGUCGGGGUUGCGACGGACCAAAGGGACGCGUUCCCAGUAGCUUCCAGCAUCCAGGAGGGAGCAGGAGUCUCCGAAAUGACACCGGCCAAAAGGGAGCCACAUCAGAGCACACGGGAAAGCCAUCAAGGCAAAGAUCUGAGCCACACAAUAAAAGAAGAAUAAACAGAAAAUCAUCAGACACAGCCAGAGGAGGUUAUAGAAGUGCCAGACCUGCUCAAAAAUCAGAAGAGAGACCGUCAGAGGUUACGAAAAGUUGCACAUUUGAAGUGAAACUGUCUGAUUUUCCUGAGCUGAGUGACGCCAAGCCUCUCGCAAACCCAGAUGCUCGACCGUGCUGGGGUUCAGUCAAAUCAUCAGCUCUUCAUGAUUCACCAGCAGCCAUUGUUAAGGAGACUUCAGGAAAUAAAGGACCAAAACAGAAACCAAUUCAGCAUGUCGCCUCAACAGAAAAGAUUCAACAGAAAUCGACUGCCAUAGCAGGUGAAGAUAUUGAGCUUGUGUUACCAAACCCUUAUGGAUCACCAGCAACAUCCUGGGCCAGCAUUGCCUCUCAGCCUCCUAAAGUCAGGCAGAAGAGUCCUGCUGCACGAGAUGCAUCCUCUCAGGAGGAUGUGUGUCAGCCAGAAGCUGAACAAACUGUUAAGAAGAAAAGAAAGAAAAAGAAGAAAUCUAAACCAGUGUGUGAGGAUGUAGAGCAGGAGACACACAAUGUGUUACUCAUACAGCAGGAGCCUCCCAAGUUUGAGGAUGAAGAGGAGUUCCCAGAUCUCUCUUUUGCUUCUGUCAAUCCUAACAAAGGACAGAGGCAUUUCUCAAAUCCCGGAAUACAGGAGAAUACUGGGAUACCUGAGAAAGAUGGGUCAGUUCAGCAAUCGGAGAAUAUAAACAAAAGCAAAGCCGCUGAUGUGAAGUCUGGGUCUGCUGCUUCAAAGAAAGUGCAGCCAGUAGGUCAGAAGAAGAGCAAGGCACUUGUUCAGCUUGAUCUUGGGAACAUGCUGGCAGUUCUGGAGCAGAAACAACAGUCUCAAAAGUCCAGACAAGAUGUUAAACCACUAACCCUUUCAGUGGGAGGAGCCCUACCGGUUGUCCACAAGGACCCAACAGCUCAAAAGAAGCAUUCAUGGCAGCAAGAGAGGAUAGCACACAACCCUUUGGAUUCCACCUGCCCUUUAGUGAAAAAGGGAAAACAGCGAGAGGUUCCUAAAGCUAAAAAGCCUACGCCUCUUAAAAGAGUCAUUUUGAAGGAGAGAGAAGAAAGGAAACAGAAUCGCUUGCUUGAAGAAAGAGAUCCAACGCGAAUGACUAGUGAAGUCAGUCAAGAGCCACAAGCCAGUGAGAAUCUUUCUGAGAGCAGUUCAGCGCAGCAGUGUCUUGAACCAACAAGUGACCAAAGUGGUGCUGAGGAGGCUGAUCGAACAGGUUCACCUGAAGACCUGAAGACCCUUGCAGAAGAAAAUGCACCGUCUAAAAACUGGAAUUCAAAUUCCAACCCCAAUCAUCCGAAAAUCCAUAGCAGGAAAUUCAGAGACUACUGCAGCCAGAUGCUAAGUAAGGACGUAGAUGAGUGUGUGACCACUCUGCUGAAGGAGCUGGUGAGGUUCCAGGACCGGCUUUACCAGAAAGAUCCCAUGAAGGCCAGAAUGAAGAGGCGGCUGGUCAUGGGUCUCAGGGAGGUGCUGAAACACCUGAAGCUCAGGAAAGUCAAGUGUGUCAUCAUCUCUCCCAACUGUGAACGUGUGCAGUCCAAAGGUGGUCUCGAUGAGGCUCUUCACACAAUCAUUGAUACAUGUCUGGAACAAGGUGUUCCCUUCGUCUUUGCCUUGUCAAGGAAGGCUUUGGGUCGCUGUGUGAACAAAGCUGUUCCCGUCAGUCUGGUGGGCAUCUUCAACUAUGAUGGAGCGCAGGACCAUUACCACAAAAUGAUAGAGCUCACAUCACAGGCAAGGAAAGACUAUGAAAUGAUGAUCACCAACCUUGAGGUGAGUUCACAGGAGCAGCCAGGAGAGGAGAGUGAGACACAGCAGCAUAUGGAGCCACCAUUAGACACCCUGGAGACAGAAGAACCAGAAUACAUUAAAGUUUGGAAGAAAAUGCUGGAGAAAGACUACAACCACAAGUUCCUGCCUUUCGAGGAGCAGUUCGCUUCAGUGACCAUCAGCACAGAUUCAGACAACCAUCUGAAUGACGUUGGAGGAAGUUGAUAAUUCCCCCAUUGAAUAAAGAUUUAUUAUAUUGUGAAUAGGAGUGUAAUGACGCACAAAAUUCUAAUUCGAUGCGAUACGGUGAUGUCUCAAUGUGAUACAUAUUCAAUACAACAAAUGUAAGCAUUGCGUGAAUGUGCCUUAGGUUUCUAUUUGAUUAGAACAUUUAACAUUAUUGCAAUGAUCUAUGCAGAUUGUUAGCAGCAUAUAAUAAAACAAAAGCUGUGAAUUAGAAUGUAACAAAAUUAAAACAUGUCUAAUUAAACAUUAGCUGUUUGGCCAAGCUGGUAUGACUCUCAAGUGGGCGUGUCUGAAGCACUGGGUUUUUAGUGUAGUUCUUUUUUUAAAUUCCCAUGCUGUUAGCUUGUGCUGUCAGUCAAGGGCAAGUAGCUCUCUUUAGCACUAGACAUGUUUUUGAAUCCUGCGUUCUCCACCACUGACACAGAAGAAUAAUGUCAGGUGUGUUUGUAGUAAUAACACUGGUGUAUUGUGCACAUAUUCUGCAGUCCACAACUUCCUGUCCGUCAGCGUUGUCUUACAGGGAAGCCAAAGUGCUCAUAUAGGAGACCUGGGGGAAUUUUCACAGCCUUUGCUGCUUUUCUCGGCGUAAUGUGUUAGUACGCAAUUAAGUGUAUUAGCUUGUGAAAAAUAGUGUGCUUAGGAGAAGUGUGCUUUAUUUUUAAACACUCAUAGCCCCAUUUGAUUUUAGAUAAAGUUUAAGCUAUUUUUUCAGUGUGGGCUUAAGUUUAAAUGUUAUGAGAAAUAGCCUACUUUAUUAUGCAGCGUGUUGAAUGUAUUUUUCAAUAUACAGAUGUAUUGAAUCGAGAGACUUAUGAUGAUGCACCAUAUCGUUGCACCCCUAAUUGUGAAUUAAACAUUCACAGAUCUCAUGAUCAUUAAUAUUUUUACAAAUUUGCACAUGAAAAUAUUAAAACGUCUUAGACGUUAAAACGAAAUAUCACUGCCUCUAAAGUAAUGUAGCCAAUGAGCCACUUGUUUUCAAGUCCCAUUAAAAUAUUUAGUUAAAACAA